AAAAUGUUAAAAUCAGCAGCUUCUCGUUUGGUGUUGCUAGGAUCUCCAGUAGCUGUUGAAAGCAGUGGACGUCGAGGGAAGUCAACAACUUCAUUGCCUGUCUCAGUUGCUUCAUUUCAAUUGCGUGCAGUUUGCCCUCACAAACAACAGAAUUUAAAUAAUAAUUUAUUUUCUUCAAUUAAUUAUUGUUCUAUACCGAUAUCUGGACAAAAUAAACAGAAUUUAUUGAAGGAAGAAAGUUUACAAAAUAAACAGGAAGAACAGCAGCAAUGGGUGGUUAAUGUUACAAAAUGUGGAAUACCUAAAGAAUUUCAGGGUUCACAAUCUGAAGCACUACAACAACAAAAGCAAUGUGAACGAGAUGUUUAUGGAGAUGAUGGUAUUGCCGAUGGUGUUGGGGGUUGGCGAAGGCACGGUGUUGAUCCUUCCCAGUUUGCUGCUCAAUUAAUGUCAAAUUGUGCUGGAAUUGUAAAAUCUGGGGAUUUUGAGUGUACACGUCCAGAUUUAAUAAUUGAAUGUGCUUAUAAUAAAUUAAAAAUGUUAAAUAAUCAGAGGCCGAUUGGUUCUUCAACUGCUUGUGUUUUAACAAUUACUAAAAAAAGAUUGUACUCUGCUAACCUUGGCGAUUCUGGUUAUUUAAUUUGCCGUGGUGGAAAAGUAAUUUUUCGUUCACCAGAACAGACACACUAUUUUAAUGCUCCAUAUCAACUUACAAUACUUCCAGAACAAAUGCUCAACGAAAAGAAAUCAUUUUUAUUAGACAAACCAGAAUGUUCAGAAUUGAGGGAACAUGAAUUGCAAUCUGGAGAUCUCAUCUUAAUGGCAACUGAUGGUUUAUGGGAUAAUUGCCAUAUUGGAACUAUCGCUAGACUUUUAUAUGGAGAUGAGGAUGAAAAUAAUGAGAAAGAAGAAACCCAACAACCAAAAAUUUCACAAGCUUCACUUCAAGCUCGUUGUAAUUCUUUAGCAUUAAUUGCCAGACACUUAUCGGCUGAUGAAAAUUAUAUUUCGCCUUUUACACAAAGAGCAUUAAAACAUGGAAUUAAAGCUCCUGGAGGUAAACCGGAUGAUGUAACGAUUAUUUUAUUUCAAGUUUCUUGA